AUGUCUCAAAAUCAUAUAAAAAUACGACCAGCAGGGUUUCCUUUUCAUUUAACUAACGAAGACUAUCUUUCAAAAAACUUUGAAAGCGAAUUCAUAUUCACACUGCCAAACGGAUCAAACAAUACACUACAAACAUGGACACUGGUUCCACAUCAACAUCCAUUAUUCGCCGGUGGGUUUUUGAUUUUAUUAGAUGGAAUGAAAAACGUCGCGCUCCAAUAUAAUUGUAAAAAGAAUAAAGUAACUGCUUCACAUUUAAUCCGAGGAAGUCCUUGGUUUGUAUGGCGGAUUGAACUUCACGAGUCUCCCAACAAUAGUUUUGAAGUCGAAUGUACAAUUAGCCCGUUUUUGAAACCUUCGCUUGGAUUAACACAUAAAGGUGCAUCGCAACCUGUUUCCGUUGAACCUGUUUAUGAAGAAAUGGAACGACAGAAGUGGUUUUUGGUACUCGCUAGGAAAAUGUAUAAAUUAUAG